AUGGUGCACAGAGUUCUUUUCUGGUCAGGCUUCGGCGUUGCCGUCCGCUUUUGGCAACUCGGCCUCGAAAUGCGACCGCUCUUCAACCGGGGUUCCCUAUGGGCGUGGCCUCUCUUUGCCGGAGUGGGUGGGAGCUUCGGUUACUGGCUGCAAGGCGUGGACGAGAGACAGACGGCGACUUUGGAGGAACGCAAGCAGAUAAUCCUGGAGAAGAGAGCAAGAAAAACAGGCAGAGACGCUGAGAAGUCACAAGCAUGA